AUGUGGUGGGCGAAGGACCCAGAGGCAAAGCUCCUCACGAAAAUCGACUUUUUCAUCCUUUCGUUCUGCUGCGUCACUUAUUUCUUCAACUACCUCGACCGCUCCAACCUCACCAACGCCUAUGUCUCUGGCAUGGAGGAGGAGCUGUCCUUCAAAGGCAACCAGUUGAACCAAAUCAACACGAUUUUCACCGUUGGGUAUAUUUUGGGACAGAUUCCUUCCAAUUUGGCCCUAACCUACCUGCCACCUAGGAUCUAUUUUCCUGCAAUGGUCCUUCUCUGGGGCUGUUUGACCAUGGUCACCGCAGCUGUGCACAACCCCCAAGGAAUAAUGGCAAUCCGUUUCUUCCUUGGAUUAGCCGAAGCAUCCACGUUCUCGGGGACUCAUUAUAUUCUGGGUUCAUGGUACACCGAGCGUGAACUAGGCAAGAGGAGUGGGAUCUUCACAGCAAGCGGGCUCGCGGGGCAGAUGUUCGGUGGCUUCAUCCAAACGGGAAUCCAUUCGUCGUUGGAUGGCGCUGCAGGACUGUCUGGAUGGCGAUGGCUCUUUAUAAUUGACGGGUUAAUGACGCUUCCUAUUGCUCUCUAUGGCUUAUUUCUAUUUCCUGACACUCCGGCGACUACGACGGCGCCUUACCUGACACCGUCGGAUCGUGCUCUGGCCCUCUCCCGUUUGCCGAAUAGCAAUUCUAAGCCUGCACCCAUCAACAAAGCUUUCUUGAAACGGCUCUUUACGACAUGGUAUUUCUGGGGUUUUGUCAUCCUCUGGGUCAUUGCAGGCGAGACAGAAUCCUUUUCGUCGAACUCGCUGCUGUCUUUGUACAUGAAGGCUCAUCCUACCAUUAAAUACUCCGUCGCCCAGCUCAAUAAUUAUCCCACUGGAGUCCCUGCGGUGGGAAUUAUCUCGACACUAUUCUGGGCGACACUUACAGACUACCUUGGCGGAAAACGCUACCUCGUGGGAUAUUUUAUCGGCAUCACCGGGAUCGUCACUUCGGUCCUUAUCCUGACGCGAUUCGAAACCGCAACAGUCAUGGGCGCGCAACGUUCUUUGCAUGGGCAAACGACGCAAUGCGACAGUCAGAGCAUCGACAUCGCUCUGUUGUAA